CCUGUCUCUAUCUCUGUCCCUCUGUCACUAUCACACUCACACACACACACUCACAAAUACCGACAUACACACACCCACACAAACCUCCUCCUCCACCUUCUCCUACUCUGUGAGUGAAGAGACAAACACCUAGGCACUCAGUCACUUGCCCUCCGCGACAGAGGUUGGUGAGGUUUUAGUAAGAGGGAGAGAGAGAGAGAGAGAGAGAGAGAGAGAGAGAGAGAGAGAGAGAGAGAGAGAGAGAGAGAGAGAGAGAGAGCAAAGGAAGGUUGCUGUAUGUGUGGCUCAUCUCAAGGCUUAACAGCCUCGACCUCCGAGCAGAGCGCGGCCAUGUUAACCUCCGAGGGGUCAGGGGUCACUGAGGCGGGGGCGCCGACCUGGACGCCGGCGGAGGCCGCUCAAGAGGAAGCGGAGAUGGCGUCGUGGAGCGAGGCCGACUUUGAGCAGAGGUGUACCUACGUCGUGAAGGACCAGCCCCUGGAGGACCCCCAGCAGGCCCCUGGGGGCCACGCCCAGGGGGCCCCCGCCGGCACGCGAGCGGAGAGCUCUCUGCCCAGGAACCUGAGUCUGAGACGCUGCCCCAACUCAGGCGAGGUGCUCGGAGUGACCAGCCUGGAGCUGGUCCCCCGGGGGACGCGCUUCGGACCCUUGGUCGGGCAGAUCUACACCGACGAGACGCUGCCGAAAGUCGGCGACCGGAAAUAUUUCUGGAGGGUCUUCUCCGGGGGGGAGCUACAGCACAUCGUGGACGCGCUGGAUCCGGCGCGCAGUAACUGGAUGCGCUACGUCAACCCGGCGUCGCGGGCCGCCGACCAGAACCUGGUGGCGUGCCAGAGCGGCCGGGACGUCUACUUCUACACCGUGCGCCCGCUGCGGCCGGGACAGGAGCUGCUGGUGUGGUACUGCCCUGAGUUCGCCCGGCGCUGCGGCUACCCCCCGCUGGGACACCUGUUCGAGGCCCCCAAGAGGAGCGUGGGCAGGCGGGGCCACACCGUCUCAGAGAUCCUCCGCCGCGAGCCGCCCAGCUCCCCCUCCGCCCGAGCAGCUGCACGCCACGAGGGCCCGCGGGGGGCCUUCCCCCCCUCCCCCGGCGUCAUCCAGCCCCCGCUGCGCCCGCAACCCCACCCCGAACCCGGCCCCCGCGCAACCCUCCCGUACGGCGCGCCCCCCGACGGAGCCGGCCAAUCGGAUAUGCACUUUGCCUCCAAGUGUAACCGUGAGGGCAGGCCUGGCGGGACGGCCCCGGCCAACCUCCUCUACAGGGGCCUGAGGUACGCCCCCUACCUGCUGCCCCACGUCCCUCUCUGCCUGGGCGGGGUCCCCUACCUCCUCUACAGAGACACGCUCCAGCCCCCCACCGCGCCCCCCCCACCUCCCACCACGCCGGCCUCGGACCGCUACGCCCGCGCCCCGCAUCCGUCCUCCGCCGGGCCCCAAGAGCUGACCUUCGCCCCGUCGGAGCCCAAAGCGGCCCCUGUGUUUCUCCCGCCCGGCGGUGGUAGCGCAGACCGCCGCUACCUCGUGUUCGGCAGGACGAACUACCUCAGGUGUCCCGGCGCCGGGUCACCCGCCGGCGGUGGGGUCAAGGACACGGCUCCGGGGGCUACCUCUCUCCGAGGGCCGGACCCCGCCUCCUGUUCACCCAGGGGCGCGUCCCCGCCCGAGGGCAUGGGGGCCUCCGUGGACCGCCUCCCCUCCACGCCCACCCCCGCCAUGGGGCCGGGGGGGGUCCGCCCACAGGGGGAGGCCGAGAACGCCAUGGACCUGAGGAAGAGCAAGGAAGGAGGGUCCGUCGGCUACAAGACCCUGACCUACCCGCUCACCAGGCAGAACGGGAAGAUCCGCUACGAGUGCAACGUGUGCCGCAAGAUCUUUGGCCAGCUGUCCAAUCUCAAGGUUCACCUGCGCGUGCACAGCGGUGAGCGCCCGUUCAGGUGUCAGACGUGCACCAAGGACUUCACCCAGCUGGCCCACCUGCAGAAACACUUCCUGGUGCAUACCGGGGAGAAACCACACCAGUGCAAGGUGUGCCACAAGCGCUUCAGCAGCACCAGCAACCUCAAGACCCACCAGCGGCUGCACUCGGGCGAGCGCCCCCACGAGUGCAAGGCGUGCCCGCCCGCUUCACCCAGCACAUCCACCUCAAGCUCCACAAGCGCCUGCACUCGGGAGAGCGGCCCCACCGCUGCCCCCACUGCCCACGCUCCUACCUCCACCACUGCAGCCUGCGGGUGCACCUGCAGGGCUUCUGCCCCCUGGCCCCGCCCCCCCCCCGGGGGGACCGCCGGCCCGUCCCGCCGGAGGAGCUGAGCCGCGUGGACGACGAGAUCCAGCGCUUCGACCUCAGCGAGACGGC